AUGCAGCGUUUUGGUAAGAUUCGAGCGGCACAAAAUGGGGAGAGCUUAUACCGAGGAAUAGAAGGGAUGGCUGGCAUCGGCUGGCGGUCGAGUGAGCUUCAAACGAGGACGGCGCAUGCAUCCGCGUCGGCACGUGCCCAUCUUCGGAAUGGCGAUGAAGCCAGUCCGAGCGUCGAUCGUCGUACGCAUUUAAGGGAGGGUAGCGACGGUGAUGGUGACGGUGACGGUAACUCCGUCAGUGGCGAGAAACCAGUCAGGAACGAAAGCAAGUGUCCCUCUGACGACUCUACGUCAUCGGAUGACGUUGCAAGUGAUAGCAACGCGUCCAGGACACGUGGCAGGCAGGGAGUGGUCCGAAUCUUGCUCUUCUGGCCCAACAUUAUUGGGUACCUGAGAAUCGCUCUCCUCCUCGCCCUCCUCCUCUACCUCCCCCUCUCAUCACCUCACCCCUCCAACCCUCCCACGCUCUCCCCACCCUUCUCCCUCCCAUCUAUAGCACAUGUAUCCGCUUACCCCAAUGCAUACGCUUCCCCCUUUGCAACCCAUGUCAUGCCUGUGCUGCUGUGUGCUUUGCUCUAUCUGCUCAACAUGGCAUUGGACGGUGUGGAUGGCAUUGUGGCUCGCCGCCUGCGCCAGGUGUCGGCGUUUGGUGCGAUCCUGGACGUUGCUGUGGACAACGCCCUGCGCACUGCCAUGUGGGCAGCUGCUGUGAACAGUGCUCUACUGGGCGUGAACGGCGUCGGUGUUAGUGCGGCUGUUUUAGGCAUGAACAGCGUGGGUGGAACUGUGCUGGGCAUGAUAAGUAUGCGGAUGCUGCAAGCAGCUGCUAUCAUUAUCCCGUGUGUGGAAUGGCUCACGUUUACCUGCUCCCAUGCCAGCACGCUUGGCAGUGGCAGUGGCAGUGCAGCACAUGUUCGUGGUGUUGACACCACAGCGGUUGCAGAUUGUACAAAGGGAGGGGAUGUGGUGGCGACGCAAGAGCAAGAGCAAGGGGUGGGGGAAGGGCUGGAGCAUGAGAAUGUAGGGGAAGGAGUGGAUCAGGGAGCAGGUUUGGAGGAGCGGGCAAAGGAGAGGAGCAACUGGAAGGAGGUGUGGGGUGGCAGGAGUGACACUCCACUUCUGGUCUCCCUGGUCAUGCGGAAUGGCUUCAAAACCCCUGUUGGAGUCAUGGCAAUCGCCGGCCUGCACUUCCUCCCUCUCUGGCUCUUCCUUCGACACAAUCUACUCUCGUUUCUCACUUCACUCCCACACGCAUACACGCAAAGUCAACCACCAUUGCACCAUCUUGGUAUGCUUGCACUUGCGGCACUGACCUCGCUUCCAGUGGGGUUGACUCUUGGUGUUGGAAGGCUUUCGUGUCUGUUUGUGGAGUUGUGGGUUAUUGGAACUCACCUCUUUCAGAUUCUCCUAACCGAUGUAGAAGCUUAUUCAUGUAAAUAG